AUGAAAGCUCCAGGUUCGGUCUCUAGCCUUCUUCUGGCAGCAGCUCUUUUCGUUUCCCCAGGCUCAGCUGCCUCCAAGAAGUCAAGCAACAAGACAGCCAUCGCAGACACCGUCUUUCACAAUGGCUCCAUCUACUCACUUGACCUCCUCUCCACAAAAUACUCCGCUCUCGCCGUCAAAGAUGGAUACAUCACCUUCCUAGGCGAUGAGAAAGGCAUCCAGUCAUACAUCACUAAAAAUACCUCGGUCUUCAACCUUGAGGGCCGAAUGAUGAUGCCCGGUCUCGUGGAUGCCCAUAUGCAUCCUCUUAGCGGCGGAGCUGGUCUUCUCAAGUGUAACAUGAACUUCCAGCCCUUGGGCCUUAAGGUUAUCUCGCUCGACUACUAUGCGUUGGUAGACGAUACUGGCGGCGUUACGAAGAAGGACCUGGAUAAGCUGAAGACAAAAAGGCCUAUCCUUGUCGCGUCAGCUGAUUCGCAUACCUUCUGGGUCAACUCAGCUGCCUUGAAGGUAUCAUCCCUCACUAGCAAGACAAAAGACCCACGAAACGGCAAAUUUGAACGACUCCCAGGAAGUCAAGAACUCUCAGGAAUUCUACAAGAUUCUGCGACGAGUUUAUUAGCAGGUCCCGCGCCUCCAACACCCAAAGACAACAUUCGAUCUGCCAGAGCUGCGUUGAAGCUUCUCCGCGAGGAGGGCGUUACAAGUUUUCAAGAGGCUGCAUCGAGCGAGGAUACAGCUCUUGCGUUUGCGGCUAUCAAGAAAGAGGGAGGCUUGACAGCUCGUGGCUUUUUCGACUAUCUCGUGCUGCCACCUAACAACACUGCGGGAAUUGAUGGUCUUGUCAAGGACGUGGUCAAUAUUACUUCAACGUGGAAUGAUAAGAGGGAACUGGGACCCAGCCCUUCUAUGAAGUGGCAUGCUGUUAAGAUGUUCAUGGAUGGUGUUCUACUGUACCCCGCGAAUACCGGCUCUCUCAUCGAGCCAUACUUUCAACCUGUGGCUAGUACGUCAAUGUGGGCACCCAAGUCAGACUUCGGACCGAAAACAUACUGGGACAAGGAACUGUUGAGUCUGACCCUGACGAAACUGUUCAAGAACAACAUCGACGCUCAGAUCCAUGUUGACGGAGAUCUAGCUGUUCGGACAGCUCUCGAUGCCCUCGAGGAGCUCCGUGAUAAGAAUCCCAAACUUCGUGAUUACCGGGUGGGAUUCGCUCACAAUGAAGUAACAGACCCUCCAGAUUGGCCUCGCUUCGCUGAACUCAAGGCCGAUCCCAUCAUGAGCUUUCAGUGGUCACAGGCUAGCUCAGUCUGGCUCCCAAAUGGUGUGAAGAGUAUGGGCCCAAGACGAUCGCACUAUAUGGAAGCUUUUGGAGAACUUGCCAAGUUCGGGUCUGCCAUUGUCUACGGUAGCGACUGGCCAAUUGAUCCUUUGGAUGAGUGGCUCGCCAUCAAAGCAGGCGUCACACGCUCAGGCGAUCCCAAGAACCCCAAUUCCCCAGCCUCGCAAUGA